CUUUUUACGGGAUAGAGAGAAAUCCGCAUGUGAAGGGGAGGAGAGAAAUCAGUAAUAAUUUCUCCCGUUCUCCGGUCUCGGGACAUUUUCUCUCCAAAAUCUCGGCAUUUUGGUACAUCACCAACUGGCCCGGCUGUCAAUACCCAGCAAUGAAGAGGGCGAGGGAUGUGGACGACGGCGAGAAUAUUUCGGCCUGCAUUGUUGUUCUGAAGAAUCAGCAUGGAUACUUUGGCUGGGAAGGCCAGCGAAAGCGUUGUCAUGGAGCUACCUCCGGAGUGAUUUCCGACCUCAAUUCGUCGACAGAGAUUCUCAAAGCCGUUGUCAGUUCAAGUGGCGAUGUGUCGGAGGCAGUGCGCGUUUCAGAGGCCUUAGUUUCCAACAAACCUGGAAAUAGUAUGCAUGAUGAUGGGGGAAAGAUGGGAUCAGAUCCAAAGGAGCGGAGGAAGAAAGGGAAGAGAACGAAGCAAAGGCCCAAAGUGGUUGAAAUUGAGAAGACAGAAAGGAAACCUAAGAUGGGAAUUCCAAUGCCUCCUCAAACACCCAAACAGAAAUAUCUUAUUUCUGCUGCUUUUACAGGGACUUGCUCAGCUGAUUGCUCUGACGGUGAAUUGUUAGAGGCUUUAGUUUUGGAUAAAUCUGGAAAUAGCAUGCAUGAUAAUCGUGGAAAGCUCGGAGCAGAUUCAGAUAAGGAGUGGAAGAUUAAAAAGAAGAGAAAGAAGUACAGGCCCAAGGUGGUCGAAAUUGAGAAAACAGAAAGUAAGUCUAGGAUGGAGACUCCAAAGGCUCCUCAAACACCCAGUCAGAAAUCUCCGAGGAAGAAAAAGGGCAAAGUGAUUGGAAGGAAGACUUUUGCAAAGAAAAGGUUGUUUGAAAAUUAUUUAGAAGAUGACGAUGAAUGGGAAGAACCUAGUGAUCAACCCAAGCCUACUUAUGCUGAUGAGGCAAUUCAUCCUUCUAACAGAAUCCAAUUCGAUGAGGAUGAUUAUGUUGCUGAAAAAAAUGUGGAGCCUUGUGGAAAUGGAGUGAUUACAGAGAAUUUGUCAGCAGGAUCUAGUAAUUGUUCAAGAGAUAUCAAUAUUAGAAUUGAUGAGUUGUUGCAAGAGCUUGCUAAACUGCCCAUGAAAUCAUCUUCACCUCUACUACUUAAAGAAGAAUUAUUGCAACUUAAUAUUGAAUGCCCUGUAGAUACCCUGAGUUAUAUUGUUGAUAAUAUUAGAAUCCCCUGCCUUCUCUAUUUUGUUAAGCAAGCGAGAAAAAUUAUAGACAGAAGUAGAAUUAAAACAGGUUAUAAGCUCGGAGAGGGUCUAUAUCAUUCAACAAACAAAGUAUUGGAAGACUUUAUAUAUGUGCUAAAGAAAUGUCUUCCAUCUCUUCUUUUGAAAAAUGACCAGUCAACAGCUUCAGGGUAUAUGUUUAAUAACAGGCAAGGUGGAAGGAGCAAGAGGAAAAUUAGUGGAUCAAGGGAGAUAAAGGCUGCAGCUAAAAAAUUGUCUAUGCCCGCUAGCCAAUCUAACUUUCAAAUUGUGCCUUAUACUAAGUUAUAUGAGUUAAGCUCAAGGUUCCAACACAUAGAAGUCUCAUGCACAACACCUGUGAUGAGUAAGUUCACAACCAAUGGGCAAACAACUCACAAUUUGGGGGAUAUCAACUUGACUCCAAAUCAGGGUAGCAGGAAUGCAAUGGAACUUGCUUUUCAAAGUGUUGCUGAUAAGUUCAGCUUGGUGGACAUAGAUAAUAACUUUGGGGUGGACUCUCCUGCUGAAUUACAAAAUGCUCUUGUUCCUUUUGUUGGAGGUGGUAUGAUUGUUCCAUGUAACCGAUCAUUAGAACAAGUUAGGCAAAAACCCCACAGAGCAGAAGUGCUAUUGGAUCCAGAGACAAAUAGACUGUGGAGAUUUUUGCAGGAAAAUGAAGGUGAUGACAAUGUUGAAGGCAUGGAUUCAUGCAAUCUAAAGUGGUGGGAGAAUGAAAGACGCGUUUUCCUUGGACGUGCUAAAUCUUUCACUGCCCGCAUGAAUAUCAUUUUAGGUGACAGGAGGUUCUCUCCUUGGAAAGGUUCAAUUGUGGACUCUGUGGUUGGCGUUUUUCUUACCCAAAAUGUAUCAGAUCAUUUGUCAAGUUCUGCUUUUAUGUCCCUUGCUGCAAAAUUUCCACUUCACAGAGAAGGGGAGGGAGGAAGUUCUGAGAGAAAACUGGCUGAAGAACAUGAAGAGACCUCUACUGAUGCCAUGGGAUGCCUAGACAACAUUCCUAGUCUAUCUAAUUGUGAUGCUCAAGAUCCUAUGGACAUUCAGUUAAAUGGGCAUCCGCUGGAGGACUUGACAAGCCAAUCUCACUACAUUCAAAAUUCUUUUGUUGCCAGUAGAAUGGAUAGUGAAAAUGCUAUGGUGUUUGAUGUGGAUGGAUGCAUUCCUAAACAUGUAGCAAUCAUUUCAAAAGCUUUUCGUGAGAAUGCAGAAAAUGAAUGUAGAGAUUGUCCUCGUGUUCUUUCUGAAUUGGUAGCAUGCUCUAACGUGAACAAUUAUCAUGUAUAUAAAAUGGAUGCUGAAAAGGAAGCUACCAUCAGUUCUUCAAGCGAGUUAGAAGCUCAUUUCAGGUUAGAGGAAAACACAUCAAAUGCAAAGAAAGCAAAUUCUGUUGAUGAAGGAAAAAUUGACUGGGAGGGGUUGAGGAGAAAAGUUGAUCCUGAAGGUGGUAAGAAAGAGAGGAACCGUGAGAGUUUGGACUCAGUAGAUUGGGAAGCAGUGCGAAAUGCAGAUGUAAGUAAAAUUUCUGAAGCUAUUCGAGAGCGAGGGAUGAAUAAUUUACUGGCAAAUCGAAUCAAGGAUUUCCUUAGUCGUUUGUUUAGAGACCAUGGAAACAUUGAUCUUGAAUGGUUAAGAAACGUAUGCCCUGAUGAAGCCAAGAAAUACCUUCUAAGCAUACGGGGAUUAGGGCUAAAAAGUGUCGAGUGUGUUCGCCUCCUAGCACUUCAAAAUGUGGCUUUCCCCGUUGAUACCAAUGUUGCUCGCAUAAGUGUAAGAUUAGGAUGGGUGCCACUCAAGCCGUUACCAGAGUUCCUUCAACUACAUCUCUUAGAACAGUAUCCUAUAAUGGAUAGCGUGCAGAAAUAUAUUUGGCCACGUUUAUGCAAGCUUGAUCAAAAGGAGUUAUACGAGCUACAUUAUCACAUGAUUACUUUUGGAAAGGUAUUUUGUACAAAAAGCAAGCCAAACUGUAAAGUUUGUCCAAUGAGAGGAGAGUGCAAGCACUUUAAUAGUGCAAAGCUUGCACUUCCAGCACCAGAGGACAAACAAUUUAAAACCUCGUCAUUUCCUGGUACUCCUAUGAGUGGCCGCAGUUCUUUUAAUACAAUACCACAGCUUCCAUACCGCAAAGACGAUGUAUCCGGAGUAUUUCAUGAUAAUUUUUAUCCUGUCAUCGAGAAUGCACUAUCUCCUAUCAUAGAGGAGCCACCUUCACCACCUCGGGAAGCCUUACAGAUAUUAGACAAAGACAUAGAAGAUGCAUUCUAUGAAGAUGAUGAAAUUCCUACAAUAAAGCUCAAUCUGGAGCAGUUUGGACAAAAUUUACAGAAUCUUAUGCAAGAAAAUGAUUUGAAGAUUCCAGAUAAUGAUAUAUCAAAAGCAUUAGUUGAGUUAAGUGCAGAGGUUGCUUCUAUGCCAAUCCGCAAGUUAAAGUAUAUAAGUUACCUUCGCACUGAGCAUCAUGUAUAUGAGCUUCCAGAUUCACAUCUUCUUCUUAAGGAGAUGCAUCCAAGAGAGCCUGAUGAUCCAUCCCCAUAUCUCCUUGCCAUAUGGACUCCAGGUGAAACUGCAGAGUCAAUAGAGCCACCAGAAUCAUGCUAUAAAACACAGGAGGCCAGUAGCUGCGAGAGAGAGACAUGCUUUGCUUGUAAUAGCAGAAGAGAAUUAGAGGCUCAAACUGUCAGAGGAACGCUUCUGAUACCAUGUCGAACUGCAAUGAGAGGAAGAUUUCCACUUAAUGGCACUUAUUUUCAAAUUAAUGAGGUUUUUGCAGAUCAUGAAUCUAGUCGCACCCCCAUUCAUGUUCCUCGGAGUUUGCUAUGGAAUCUUCCAAGAAGGACCGUAUACUUUGGAACUUCAAUAGCAGCAAUAUUUAGAGGUUUCAUGGCCACAGAACCUAUUCAGUACUGCUUCUCAAGAGGCUUUGUGUGCGUGAGAGGCUUUGAUAGGAAAACAAGGGAACCAAAGCCACUAUAUGCAAGAUUGCAUUUACCCAGAAGUAAGGCGCCUAAAAUCAAGAAGUCAUGGGCAAGAAAGGAGGCAUAACUACUCAAUUAAACUAAUCAUCACGUUUACAAAUAAAUCUUGCUAAUAUUUAGGCCUUAUUUGAUUGAGUUGUUGCUUAUCUAAACUGGAUUUUUAAAAACAGAUGUUCAGAAAAAGGAAACUAAAUAAACUCUUGUUUCAAUAAUGAGUUUUGUUUGAAUCACAA